CCAUCUUCUUCUCAAAACAAAACAAAACAAACAACACUUCUCCACUCCUCUCUUCCAACAAAAUCACUCUCCCUCUCCUUCUCUCAUCCUCCUCCUCUGUCUCUCCGCUACUCGCGAACUCCGCCGGCUUUAGCCGGACGGAUAACCCAAAGCUAUCAUCAGAUUCCGGCCACACCCCAUGAACAAAUCCCACCAAUAAUUAUGACCCAAACCCAUUCCAAGCUUUCAAAAGAAGAACAAAACGUUGGUGGUGGUGGUGGUGGAGGAAGAGUAACGACAGAUAUGAGAAUCAUAGUACCAUUACAAGGUGUUGUACAAGGUAGAGGAGGUUUAGUCUUAGGUUCAAUUAUCCCUUGUGCUCUUUUCUACUUCUUGCAGCUUUAUCUCAAAAGAAACCGUUCUUCAUCAUCAUCUCAACCUGAUGAUAAUAAUAAUUCUUCACCGCCUAAUCCGUUAUCACCGUCACCGUCCUCGGGACAACUAUCUGAAGUUGGUGGUGAAUUGAAUCGUUCAUUAUCUCGUACACAUUUGAUGUCUCCUAGAAGUGGUGGUUCUGUUCAUAUAUCUUCUAGGGCUAAUUCAAUUGUGAAAUCUGAUGAUUCUGUUUAUUAUAUUGGACUGAGUAAAUCUAAAGAAGAUCCUUAUGAUGCGGUUUUUAAUCCUAAUGGGUUUAUUCAACUUGGAUUAGCUGAAAAUAAGUUGUCAUUGGAUUUGGUUAGAGAUUGGCUUACUGAAAAUGCCAAGGAGUUGGUAAUGGGUGGAAAUGAGGAACUGAGUAUAAGUGGGAUUGCUACAUAUCAGCCUUUUGAUGGAUUGACAGAAUUGAAAGUGGCUGUGGCAGGAUUUAUGUCUGAAGUCAUGGAUGGUUCAGUUUCAUUUAGUCCGUCCCAGAUGGUAUUAACUGCUGGUGCAACCCCUGCAGUUGAGAUUCUUAGUUUCUGCCUGGCUGAUACUGGAAAUGCAUUCCUUGUGCCUUCGCCGUACUACCCGGGGUUUGAUAGGGAUAUAAAAUACCGAACUGGAGUGGAGCUAAUUCCUGUUCCAUGUCGUAGCACCGACAACUUCGGUUUAAGUAUUAGCGCUCUAGAUCGGGCAUACAACCAGGCAAAGAAACGGGGGCUAAAGGUUCGUGGAGUUCUCUUUGCAAAUCCAGCAAAUCCAGUUGGCAAUCUAUUGAGUAGGGAAAUGCUGUUCGACUUAGUAGAUUUUGGUAGGGAGAAGAACAUCCACAUUAUCUGUGAUGAGAUAUUUGCUGGGUCGACCCAUGGAGAUGAAGAGUUUGUGAGCAUGGUUGAGGUUCUUGAUUCAGUAGAUUUUGUUAAGAGCAGGGUUCAUAUUGUAUACGGGCUAUCUAAAGAUCUAUCUCUUCCUGGAUUCAGAGUUGGGGUUAUCUAUUCUUACAAUCAGAACGUUCUUGCUGCUGCAAAGAAAUUGGCAAGAUUCUCUUCAAUCUCAGUUCCUACUCAGCGCCUUCUGAUUCCAAUGCUCUCAGAUACCAAGUUCAUUCGGCAGUUUAUUGGAACCAAUAAAGAAAGACUUAGGAAAAUGUACACAGAGUUCGUCGGGGGGUUGAAGGAAUUAGGAAUUGAGUGCGCAAAGAGCAGUGGUGGUUUUUACUGUUGGGCUGAUAUGAGUGGACUAAUCCGCUCUUACAACGAGAAAGGAGAGCUCGAGCUGUGGGAAAAAUUGUUGAAUGUAGGUAAGAUUAAUUUAACUCCAGGUUCUUCCUGUCAUUGCAUAGAACCUGGAUGGUUUAGGUGUUGUUUUACUACUUUGACGGAAAAGGAUAUUCCUGUAGUUAUGGAACGAAUUCGGGGAGUUUCCGAAACUUGUAAAUCCCGCAGUUAAAUUGCAAUUGGUUUAUAUUCACUUCA